ACGAGAACCAGAGAGUGACGCCUGCCGUGCUGGGAAGGAAAAUUGAGGUUCGGCUCGGGCGGGGACGAGAAGCAGCUUUCGGGCACACGAGGACGGCGGCCGGCGCGGGCGGGCGCGGCCUUUGUCUCCUCCUCCCGCACGCUCAGCGGCUGCACCCGCCCCAUGAGCCCUCUGGCCCCCGGUACCCGGGCCGCUCGCAGCCCCUGACCUGACCUGUCCUCGCCAUGGCCGAGACCACCUCCGGCUCUGGGGGUACGUCCCUGGAGGGCGAGCGUGGCAAUAGGCCCCCGCCGGAGGGCGAGCCUGCAGCCCCGGCAUCCGGAGUUCUGGAUAAGCUUUUCGGGAAGCGGCUCCUGCAAGCAGGUCGCUACCUGGUGUCCCACAAAGCAUGGAUGAAGACGGUGCCUACAGAGAACUGCGACGUGCUGAUGACCUUCCCAGACACGACCGAUGACCACACGCUGCUAUGGCUGCUGAACCACAUCCGCGUGGGCAUCCCCGAGCUCAUCGUGCAAGUGCGCCACCACCGCCACACGCGUGCCUAUGCCUUCUUCGUCACCGCCACGUAUGAGAGCCUACUCCGAGGGGCCGACGAGCUGGGUCUGCGCAAGGCAGUGAAGGCCGAGUUUGGCGGGGGCACCCGCGGCUUCUCCUGUGAGGAAGACUUCAUCUACGAGAAUGUGGAGAGUGAGCUGCGCUUCUUCACCUCCCAGGAACGUCAAAGCAUCAUCCGCUUCUGGCUGCAGAACCUGCGAGCCAAGCAGGGCGAGGCGCUCCACAACGUGCGCUUUCUGGAGGAUCAGCCAAUAAUCCCUGAGCUGGUGGCCCGUGGGAUCAUCCAGCAGGUGUUCCCAGUCCAUGAGCAGCGCAUCCUGAACCGCCUCAUGAAGUCAUGGGUGCAGGCCGUGUGUGAAAACCAGCCUCUAGAUGAUAUCUGUGACUACUUUGGUGUGAAAAUUGCCAUGUACUUUGCCUGGCUGGGCUUCUACACGUCGGCAAUGGUGUACCCAGCUGUCUUUGGUUCUGUCCUGUACACAUUCACGGAGGCUGAUCAGACAAGCCGAGAUGUGUCCUGUGUGGUCUUUGCACUCUUCAAUGUGAUCUGGUCAACGCUGUUCUUAGAAGAAUGGAAGCGGAGAGGUGCUGAGCUAGCCUACAAGUGGGGGACACUGGACUCACCUGGGGAAGCCAUGGAGGAACCACGCCCCCAAUUCAGGGGGGUGCGACGCAUCAGCCCUGUGACUCGAGCUGAGGAAUUCUACUACCCACCUUGGAAGCGGCUGCUCUUCCAGCUGCUAGUCAGCCUCCCCCUGUGCCUGGCAAGCCUCGCCUGUGUCUUCUUGCUCAUGCUCGGCUGCUUCCAGCUGCAGGAGCUGGUGCUGAGUGUGAAGGGGCUGCCCCGCCUGGCCCGCUUCCUGCCCAAGGUGGUGUUAGCCCUGCUCGUCAGUGUGAGUGCCGAGGGCUACAAGAAGCUCGCUGUGUGGCUCAACGACAUGGAGAAUUACCGUCUUGAAAGCGCCUAUGAGAAGCACCUCAUCAUCAAGGUUGUCCUGUUCCAAUUUGUCAACUCUUACCUGAGCCUCUUCUACAUUGGCUUCUACCUCAAGGACAUGGAGCGCCUGAAAGAGAUGCUGGCAACACUGCUGAUCACCCGCCAGUUCCUCCAGAAUGUGCGUGAGGUCAUGCAGCCACACCUAUACCGGCGGCUGGGCCGUGGCGAGCUUGGCCUGCGUGCCAUCUGGGAGCUAGCCUGUGCCCUGCUUGGCCUGCUGAGCCUCCGGCGCCCUGCCCCCCGCCAUCUCGAACCCCAGGCUGAGGAAGGUGGUGGUAGCAGCUGUGGAGGGGGUCGCAGGUGUCUGAGUGGGGGCUGCGGGGCGCCAGAAGAGGAGGAGGAGGAGGCGGCAAUGGUGGAAAGGAGGCCUACAGGAGAAGGUGGGGAAGGGGGGGAUGGGCCUACGGGGUGCACAGAGGAGGAAGAUGAAGAAGAUGAUGAUGAUGAAGAAGAGGAGGAGGAAGAGGAAGUUGAAGAAGGCAGUCUCCUGGACUGUGGUCCCCGGCUAAAGAAGGUCAGCUUUGCUGAGCGGGGUGCCAGGCGGCGCCGGCCUGGCCCAAGCCCAGAGGCUCUCUUAGAGGAGGGGAGCCCCACCAUGGUAGAGAAGGGGCUGGAGCCUGGUGUGUUCACGCUGGCUGAGGAAGAUGAUGAGGUAGAGGGUGAUCCCAGCACUCCUGAGCAGGACCCCUCAGCCAUCCUGCUCCGUCGGGCGGGAGGUGAGGGCCGAGACCAGGGUCCUGAUGGUGGCCCAGACCCAGAGCCCGGUUCCAGCAACAACUCCACGCAGAGGCAGAGACGGCAGAACCGGUCAUCUUGGAUUGACCCUCCUGAGGAGGAGCACUCACCCCAGCUCACCCAAGCAGAGCUGGAGAGCUGUAUGAAGAAGUACGAGGACACGUUCCAGGACUAUCAGGAGAUGUUUGUGCAGUUUGGCUACGUUGUGCUUUUCUCCUCUGCUUUCCCUCUGGCUGCACUGUGUGCCCUGGUCAACAACCUCAUUGAGAUUCGCAGUGACGCCUUCAAGCUGUGCACAGGGCUACAACGGCCCUUCGGCCAGCGUGUGGAGAGCAUCGGCCAGUGGCAGAAGGUGAUGGAGGCCAUGGGCGUCCUGGCGAUCGUGGUCAACUGCUACUUAAUCGGCCAAUGUGGACAGCUGCAGCGCCUGUUCCCCUGGCUGAGCCCAGAGGCAGCCAUCGUGUCUGUGGUGGUGCUCGAGCACUUUGCUCUGCUCCUUAAGUACCUCAUCCAUGUGGCCAUCCCUGAUAUCCCAGGCUGGGUGGCUGAGGAGAUGGCCAAGCUGGAGUACCAGCGCCGUGAGGCCUUCAAGAGACACGAGCGCCAGGCACAGCACCGCUACCAGCAACAGCAGCGGCGGCGGCGGGAGGAAGAGGAGCGCCAGCGCCAUGCAGAGCACCAUGCCCGACGGGAACGUGAUGCCACCAGUGACCGGGAUGAGGCGAGAGCCGAGGGCUCUGGGCUAGACCCCACUGCCUCUGAGAAGGGCCCUGCCAAGGCCAAGGGCGGUGGGGCAGGCAGCCAUGGGCCCGAGAGGCCCAAGCGCCCAGGGUCCCUAUUGGCACCCAACAACGUCAUGAAGCUGAAGCAGAUCAUCCCACUGCAGGGCAAGUUUCUGUCUUCAGGGGCUGCAUCCUCAGUGGCUGCUGCAGGGUCCAGCACCACUGCCCGGCCACCUCCUGCCCAGUCGCCCACAGGCGGUGACACACGCCUGCCAGCCUUCCUCAGCUUCAAGUUCCUCAAAUCUCCCGAAACACGACGGGACUCUGAGCGCAGCCACUCUCCACCCAAGACCUUCCAUGCCGGAAAGCUCUUCCCCUUUGGUGGGGCCCGGGCUGAAGCCGGGUCCAACGGGGCAGGUGGGCAGGCCCGGCCAGACGGGACCCCCAGUGGUGGCAGCAGCCGAGCCCAGAGGAGUGGGUCAGUGGAUGAGGCCAUGGCUGAGGAGCUGGAAGCCCCCCGGCCCGAAGAGGAAGGCUCAGGGACUUCGCUGGCCCCCAUGGGCACCCCUGCCCUCCGUACCCGCUGCAGCCAGAGCCCUGCUCCACCACCGCCGCCAAUGCUGCUGCCUCGGCCCCCGACGCCACCUGCCAGCUGCUGGCAGUGGGAUGGGCCGUGGGGCUGUGGGAGCGAGGGCACUGCGCCUCGCCAGGCCAUGGCCGCCGAGUGCCCACCCUGUGCCCUGACCGGGCCCCCACCUGCCCUUCAGCCCCUGCCAGGGGACGCCAGCUUCUACAGUCUCCCGCCCCCAGUGGCCACCUCUGAUUCCCCUGAGCCCCAGGCACCUAGCCCCAGCCCCAGCCCCCAGGCCGUAUGCUGGCCCAGCGGCUGGCAUUAGCUCCACCCUCCCUCUCUUUUCUCAUAUGCAACAUCAGUCAUUCACAGAGGUGGUCGGCCCAGAAAACGCAAAAUGCGCUUUGGCCCCUGAUGGGCCCCAGUAUUGGCCAGUGCCACCCCAUCUGCCGUUUUCCUUGCUACCAGUAUGGGGUAAAUGAAAGGAAACCCACAAACCCAACAGAAAACACACACACAGAAUAGGCAAUUAUUUAUUUGUUUUUAAUUUAUUUUGUCAUAUUUUUGUAAAACGGCAGAAAUGCAAUAAAAAAUAUAUUUCAACAGU